CCUCGCCUCGAAGGCAUUGCAGGCGCCGUCGCCGCGACCGGGCAGAGGCGCGCAUGUGGGGCCGGCCCCGCAGAGCCGCACACUGAGCCGCCGGCGCCCCCGACGGCGCGGCGCGGCGCGGUGCGGUGCGGUGCGGUGCGGUGCGCGGCAGCAUGCUGCUCUGGCUGGGCUUCGGGCUGCUGCUGAGCGCCGAGCUCAGCGCCGUGUCUGCCGCGGGUUGUUCUGGUUGUGGAAAAUGUGACUGCAGUGGAGUGAAAGGGCAAAAAGGUGAAAGAGGCUUGCCGGGAUUACAGGGUGUGAUUGGGUUUCCUGGAAUGCAAGGACCUGAAGGUCCCCCUGGGCCACCAGGGCUUAAGGGUGAUACUGGAGAACCAGGACUGCCAGGAACAAAAGGAACAAGAGGCCCACCAGGAUCAUCAGGAUAUCCAGGAAACCCAGGCCUUCCUGGCAUUCCCGGACAAGAUGGCCCUCCAGGUCCACCUGGUAUUCCAGGAUGUAAUGGCACAAAGGGUGAAAGAGGUCCAGUAGGUCCCCCAGGUUUACCAGGAUUGACUGGAAGCAUAGGACCUCCAGGACCUCCUGGAAUGAAGGGAGAUCCAGGUGAAGUUAUUGGUCUUUUACCUCCUAGUGUGCUAAAAGGUGAUAAAGGCUUUCCUGGUCAACCUGGACUACCUGGUCCACCUGGAGCCUCAGGGUUCCAGGGGCCAGUGGGGCCACCGGGGCUUCCAGGAGAGCCAGGUCCUCCAGGGCAACCAGGACCCCCAGGUGAGAAGGGCUACAUGGGCUUGGGUUUUCAGGGUCCCAAAGGUGAAAAGGGAGAACAAGGAGUAAGGGGCCCCCCUGGACCCCCAGGCCCAGCUCCGCAUAUGAAAGAAAAAGGAAGCGAAAUCAUAAGGGGAGAAAAGGGUGAACCUGGUGAAAAAGGUGAACAGGGUGUCCCAGGAUUACCAGGUUCAGGUUUCAAAGGGGAAAAGGGUGAACCUGGAAAGCCUGGUCCACGUGGAAAGCCUGGAAAAGAUGGUGAACCAGGACCAAAAGGAGAACCUGGUUUGCCUGGUGGGUUUGGGAUUCCCGGACAACCUGGUGUACCUGGUGUUAAGGGUGAAAAAGGGGAACAAGGUCUUCCAGGGCCUCCAGGAAGAAUUAUAGAUACUGGAACAGUGGAUUCUUUUGGUGAAAAAGGAGACCCUGGAGUUUCAGGUUUGCCAGGACUGAAAGGUCAAAAAGGUGAAAAAGGUUUCCCUGGUAUACAAGGAAUCCCAGGUCUUCCAGGUCGACCUGUUCCAGACCGGGUAGGAGCACCUGGUGUCCCUGGAGAGAGAGGUGAAAAAGGUGAAAAGGGUUCUCCAGGGUUCCCUUUACCUGGACCACCUGGAAGAGAUGGUUUCCCAGGUCCUCCUGGUUUGCCUGGCCCACCAGGUCCUCCAGGUGUAACAGAUGGAGUUGAUCAAUGCCAGCCAGGAGAACCUGGUGCACCAGGUAGACCUGGAGCUCCAGGACAGCAUGGAUUUCCAGGAGAGAUGGGAGAGAAAGGUGACAAAGGUGAGUCCUGUCUCUCAUGUGAAGUAGGACCUCCUGGACUCCCUGGACCACAAGGGCCACCAGGUCCAGCAGGUUUUCCAGGACAAGCAGGUUUCAAAGGUGAAAGAGGCUUACCUGGACUUGAUGGCCUUCCAGGCGUACCUGGGCCCCCAGGCACUCCAGGACUUAUAGGCAGCCCUGGGGCAAAAGGAGAACCAGGAGAUUUUUCUUAUGAAUCUAUCCUGAAAGGUGAAAAGGGAGAUCCUGGUUUCCCAGGACAACCAGGUAUUCCUGGAAGAGAAGGGUCACCGGGAAAAGAUGGCCUCCCAGGUCCACAGGGUCCGAAAGGAGCGUCGGGUACAACUGGCUUGAAAGGAGAACGUGGUCCCCCCGGCCAACCUGGAUUCCCUGGAGUACGUGGCGAAAGAGGUUUUCCUGGUCCUCCUGGGAUAGGCUCAGCAGGGUUACCUGGUGACAAAGGAGACAGAGGCUUUGCUGGAACCCCAGGUUUACCAGGCCUUCCAGGGGCAAAAGGUGAAGCAGGACGAACUGUUCCUCUCCCUGGUCCUCCUGGGACAGAUGGCCUUCCUGGGCCACCUGGUUUCCCUGGACCCCAAGGUGACAAAGGGAAUCCUGGGCUACCAGGAAGACCCGGCCUCCCAGGAGAAAAAGGUGCUGUUGGGCAGCCAGGUAUAGGAUUCCCUGGACCUCCAGGACCCAAAGGUUUCCAAGGUCAGCCUGGCUCUCCUGGUCAGCCGGGCACUCCAGGAACUCCUGGCCUGGAUGGUUUACCAGGUGCCCCAGGUUUACAAGGUCAAAAAGGUGAACCCGGAGUAGGUCUCCCAGGCCCUAAGGGUUUACCAGGCCCACCAGGCCCAGCUGGUAUCCCUGGAGAAAAGGGAAUUCCGGGAUUGCCUGGCUUACGUGGCGAGCAAGGGUUUCCGGGGAUUCCUGGUCAGCAAGGAUUCCGAGGUGACCCUGGCCUCCCCGGCUUACAAGGUUUACAGGGCUCUCCAGGUGCACCAGGACUAGGCCCGCAGGGAUCACCAGGACCUGCUGGACAACCAGGACCCCAGGGACCACCAGGAUUUCCUGGAAUAAAAGGAGAAAGGGGCUUUCCUGGUAUCCCAGGUCUAGAUAUGCCAGGACCAAAAGGGGAUAAAGGUAGCCAGGGCCAGCCUGGAGUACCAGGCUCUGUGGGGUUACCUGGCCUGCCUGGACCACAAGGCGCAGUUGGACUGAAAGGAUCAGCAGGAGCCAAAGGAGAAAUGGGAGUUAUGGGAACUCCUGGAUUGCCAGGGUCUCCUGGACCAGUUGGAGAUCGAGGUUUCCCUGGUGAAAAAGGCAACCCAGGUUUCAAAGGAGUAAUUGGACCACAGGGAGAUCCUGGUGUCAAGGGGGAUAAAGGUGAAGUAGGUCUCCCGGGAAAACCUGGAAGCAUGGACGGCAUGGACAUGGUUAGUCUCAAAGGCCAAAAGGGAGAUCAAGGAGAAAAAGGGGACCAUGGAGCAACAGGAGAAAAAGGGUUACGUGGAGAGUACGGAGAACCAGGAAUUCCAGGGAAGGAUGGUGAACCUGGUACUCCAGGACAUCCAGGACCAAAAGGUGAUCAAGGGCCCCCGGGGUACCCAGGAGAUCCAGGAAUUCCAGGACAAAAAGGAUCAGUUGGUGAAAUGGGUUUGCCAGGAACACCUGGAGAAAAAGGUCUGCCGGGAAUUCCAGGUUCACCAGGCACACCGGGGUUCCCUGGCCAAAAAGGUGAAAAAGGAGACAAAGGAGCGGCAGGUUUUCCUGGAAUUGGCUUUCCAGGAUCUCCUGGUGAGAAGGGAGAACCGGGAAGAGCGGGUAGUCCAGGCUUAUCUGGAGAGAAGGGUGAAAAAGGUAGUGCAGGACUCCCAGGAAUGCCGGGUGCCCCAGGUCCCAGAGGAUCCCCUGGCAUGGCAGGAUUUCCAGGCAACCCAGGUCGCCAUGGAGAAAAGGGUGAAAAAGGACUUCCUGGCUUAAGUGGCAUUCCAGGUUUAAAAGGAGAACCAGGUGAACCGGGUCUUCAGGGUCCUGCUGGUUCCAUUGGACAGAAAGGUGAACCAGGUUAUGAUGGGAUUCCUGGUGCAGCUGGUGCAAAGGGUGAACAAGGUCUUCCAGGUAGAGGACUUCCAGGAUUUCCAGGUGCAAAGGGAGAUAAAGGUGCGAAAGGUGACGUGGGUUUUCCAGGAUCCCCGGGGAGUCCGGGGAUCCCAGGUCUGAAAGGAGAACCAGGAUAUGCAGGUCCACCAGGCCCUAAAGGCAGCCAAGGUCUUCCUGGACUACCAGGAAGUGCAAUGGAGGGACCUAAAGGAGACAGAGGACCCCAAGGCCAACCUGGCCUUCCAGGUUUACCAGGUCCAACAGGGCCACCAGGACCCCCAGGACUUAAAGGGGUCAAAGGAGAACAGGGCAGCGAUGGCUGGCCUGGGACCCCUGGAGGUCCGGGAGUCAAAGGCGAUCCAGGAUUCCAGGGCUUGCCUGGUACUCCAGGUUUACCGGGAGAUAUUGGUCAAAAGGGUGAUUUGGGACCUCCAGGAGUUCCAGGUGUUCCAGGUCCAAAAGGAUCUCCUGGCUUCCCGGGUCUUAAGGGAGAGCGAGGUGACCAAGGUCUUCCUGGAUCUAAAGGUUUACAAGGCCCACCAGGCCCACCAGGUGCUUUUCAGCUUGUUAAAGGAGAUCCUGGCUUACCUGGCCCUGUAGGACCAGUCGGUCUCAAAGGAUUCCCGGGACUUCCAGGUCCCAAAGGACAGCAAGGGGUUACAGGACCUUCAGGCAUACCUGGGCCACCUGGUAGCCCAGGGUUUGAUGGUAAACCUGGGCAAAAAGGAGAAGUUGGUCCUUAUGGUCCCCCAGGGCCCAGAGGAUUCCCUGGUCCACCUGGUCCUGAAGGUUUGCCUGGGGCUAUGGGCCCACCAGGUGCAGCAUCUGUUGCUCAUGGCUUCCUUGUUACCAGACACAGUCAGACCACUGAAGAACCACAGUGUCCAUUUGGAACUAGGCUGAUCUACCAUGGUUACUCCUUGCUUUAUGUCCAAGGCAAUGAAAGAGCACAUGGCCAGGAUUUGGGCACGGCAGGGAGCUGUCUUCGUAAAUUUAGUACUAUGCCAUUCUUAUUCUGCAAUAUCAACAAUGUAUGUAACUUUGCAUCAAGGAAUGACUACUCCUACUGGCUCUCCACUCCUGAACCCAUGCCAAUGAGUAUGGCUCCUAUCACUGGUGAUAAUAUCAGACCAUUUAUCAGCAGAUGUGCUGUGUGUGAGGCUCCUGCUAUGAUAAUAGCCGUUCACAGUCAAACAAUUCAAAUACCGCAAUGUCCUGAAGGCUGGAGUUCACUUUGGAUUGGUUACUCCUUUGUCAUGCACACCAGCGCUGGUGCCGAGGGCUCCGGCCAGGCCCUGGCCUCUCCUGGUUCCUGCCUAGAGGAGUUUCGCAGCGCUCCCUUCAUUGAAUGCCACGGCCGGGGCACCUGCAAUUAUUAUGCAAAUGCUUACAGCUUCUGGCUUGCCACUAUAGAGAGGAAUGAGAUGUUCAAGAAACCGACGCCCUCAACCUUGAAAGCAGGGGAUCUGCGCUCAAAUGUUAGCCGUUGUCAAGUCUGUAUGAGAAAAACAUAAUGACUUUUGAAUUUCAACUAAUUUCACACAAUAUGGUGCUAUUCGUUUAACAGCAAUGAAGCCUAGACAUAUAUCAUAUGUACCUCAUUGUUGUCGAAUAUGAAAACAGUAAAGUACCUUUUAGGAACUUGCAUAACUAACACACACUGCUUUACUGGCCCUGUCCUUGCUGAAGAAGAAAAGAGACAACAAAGAUAAGCUUCAAAUGUUGACAUGCCAAAUGGCACUUUUGAUCAAAGUAUAUAUAUUUUUUAUAUAAAUGCAAUGCACUGAUAGAAUAAAAAGUAAGAGUUCAUCCAGAAGAAAAUGCAAAGGUGCUAGGAGAUAUGCAGUUCUGCCUUAUACUGUUUGACUCCCCUUUCUCAUUCUUGUAUUAUAUGUUUAGAUUCAUUCUUCUUCCCCAGAUAAGCUUGUUGUUACCAUUAUCUAGCUGUCUCAAAAUCCAAAACUCUUGGGUAUGUACUUAUUGUUCUUGUACAAAGCAAUACUAAUGUAAAAAAGAGUUUUGGGAUUAUGGAUUGUGGUUAAGCAACAAGUAACCAUCUUUCCAAAACAUAGAGUGCCAUCCUGCAAACUUUCCUUCUGUUUGUAGUCCUUAGUGCUAUUGGUUUUAAUGGGACUACAUUUGGAAGAGAUUGCCUAAUUGAUUUCCCGAAUAGGCAAGUAAGUGUUUCUGCUAUGUUGGUACUAUGCAGCUUCUAUUAUGCAGUAGAACAAACUUUCCUGUGGAAUAAGGAAUGAUCCAGCAAUGGUCAAGAAAAAGAAAAUAUAUAAAUAUUUUAGUAAUUUAUAUAGAUAUCAACCAUUAGGCAAAUCAAGCAUUUCAAAAAAAAAGCUUACAAAAGUUUUCUUUUUUUUCAGUGUCAUAAAUUAGAUGUUAAAUGCCAAAAUAUGAUGUGAAAUGUUCAUUUUGCAUAGCUCAUUUCAAUACCGAAGUCUGUAAAUUGCAGAUACUGAACCCAGGUUAAUAGCUCUUUGUCUUUAUUAUAGUAAAUCCUGCUUUGAGCUUAUAGUGUUUAUUCUGUAUUUAAUAUUUUUCAGGGUUUUAAACACUACUCACACACUGAAUGACUUGAUUUUGAAAAAUUAUAAGGCCUUAAUUUUGUUAAUACUGUGCCAAAAAAGUCUUCAAGGUGGCCUAAGAAAUAUUUCUAAAGACUUUCUAUGCAAUUAUACCAAUGUUUGAGCACAUCUGUGUCUAAAAGUGUUUUAUAGACUAUAACCGUGCAAAUACCAAAAGAUUCUUACAAAUGCCAAGGCCUUUAUGUAAUUUCUUAAAUGUGUAUUUCUCAAGAAUUCAAGUUUGUAAUAAAACUAUUUGUGUAAAAAAACAGAAGAAGAGAAAAAGUUUUUACUAAUUUGUUAUUAGCAUUCAUUUACAGCAAUGAAUUAAUUUUUAAUAAGCCACCAAUAAAUGCACAAGCUUGAUGCAAUCCUAGAUUAUUCUUGUUUUGCACAUCUUGCAGAUGUACAAAGCAUCUUUGGAAGGGGAAAACAGGAUGCUGUACUGACACCUUAGUUGUUACCUUAAUAGAACUGGUAGACAAAACACGGGUUGUGCAUCUGUUACUGAUAUAUGUUUGAUGUUAACAUGUUAUAAAAAUUUUCUAACUUAACUCAUGGGAAGCAAUCAAGUUACACAUAUUUUUCACUCUUCCCUUGAAUUUGUCGUGCACAGAUCAGGACUGAAUGAUGUAGGAUAAAAAUCAAAGGCAUCUGAUGUAAUUUUGCUUGUGAGCAGGCCAGCUGCAUCUUGGCUCUGGUUGCCUGAGGAAGAAAUGGGCCCUGGUAUCUUUUUCCAUGGCAAAAGCACAUAAUUUGUUCAUGUUUCAUAUUGUUUUCCCAAACUUUUGAAGAGGUUGCUGCUGCUCUGAACUCACUUUCACUUAGGGUCCUUGAGAACAUUGGUUGGCCAGCCUUGAAUAGAAAUUAGCCAUUUCCUUUAGUGCUGAUCCUUCCUCUCAUGGAAGUUUGGACAGGUGAUCAUUUCGUUGAUAAAUGACCAGUCCUCAAAAAAGUCCUGUACUAGCCUAUAGCGUACAGGAGUGUGUUUAUAGCUGAUCAGCCUGGUGUGUGCUUUUCCAAAGUGUCGCGUGGUGUUCAGAGGAAGAGGAGAAAAACAUGGAGUGAUUCCUCCUGGCAGCUAGGAAGAAUUAAGCAGACCUUCAGCCUUCUUUAUCUCAGAGCAUCCAAGCUGCUGGUCAGACUUUCUAAUUACACUCUACAGCUUAUCUCCUGGUCAUCUAGGGUUUUAAUUUGCUUGGUUUGAGUUUUCCCAAAACUGCCAGUCAGUUGGAUUUAUGAAGUCCCACAGGUAUGUUUAAAUCUAUUCUGGCCAUAAGAAAACAAUCCCGUUUCCCAGUGAAGGGACUGCUCACUGCAGCUAGGUGUGUACUGACCUGUAUUUUCUUAACAGGAAGCAUUUUGAAAACAAGGUCCUUUGAAAAUUUUCAAAAACAGUUUAAGCUAUAGUUUGAUGUCUUACUUAUCUACUGGUAAUUAUUUAUUCUGUAAUGUUCAGCUCAUAAUGAAUGACCUUUGUCAUGCUGUUUGUACUAAAGUCAGUAAGUAAAUUUGUUCAGUGAUUAUUGAUGCAAAUCAGAUCUGCAAAUGUUCUGGACUCUAGAUUUCAAUGCCCUGAGUGAGAAAGAGCAACUUCCCAUGCACUAAAACAGAAAUGUGAAACCUUCUCUUUCUUUAAAAAAUCUGCAAGAAUCCCAUUUUCAGUUAUUUAUGGCCAGCAUUGUUGCUACAGUAUGGUUCUUUGUAUGAACAGAGAAGUGCAAAUACAUCAUUUGUUAAAAUUGUCUUGAAUAAGCUUAAAUUUCAGGAUAAAGCUUUACUAAAGGAGUACAGCUUGGUUAGUAGGCCUGGCUGUUUCUGAAUGCAGUACUUGAAGAAUAACUUUCAUGACUGAAAUAAAUACAUUUCUAAAACAGCAGGUGGUGCCCUUGCUCUCUUUAUGGUGAGAUUGGCACUAAGAACUUUAAGCUGACAAAUGCUUCUCUCUUGCCCUGUUCUCUAAUCCACUAAAACGUAAAGCAGGUUUGCAGUUCUUUAUUUUCCCAAGUCAUGUCUCUGUUCUGACAUGUUCUAGUCACCAGGAAUUUUCCUUUUGAAAUAGGAGUGGAGUAGUGUUCAGUAAAAAUUAAGAUUCUAUGCACAGACAAAAUACAAAUACAAUAUAAUGAAAUACAAUAUAUUGAAACAAAUGAUCUCACUGACUUUCCUAAAGGUAUUUUAGCCUGUGUAUGUUCUCUGCCAGAUGUGCAUUCAAUUUAUAAUUAUAUAUUUAUUCUUCU